AUACUUUGAAGUUGUGCCUUGAAUAUUUUUGGUGUGGCUUUAAAGACGCUUUCGCUUGGCCUUCUGGCCUGAUCACUAUUUACGGAUCGCAAACGAUCAAAAAUCAUACCCUAAAAUGUUUUGUCCUUAAUGGAGUGAUCUUUUUAGGAAGCAUAUUUUUUUUCAAUCAUGUUACUUUACCUACCUUACAUUUUUUCCUUGGAGAGUCUUUCUUUGCACUAAAUCACAGAGGAAAUGGAAACGAUAUUGGAGAUGCUUUAGACGUCAAAUCACCUUUAAUUACAAAGGUUUUGGAUACUAUAGUGGCUUUAACUUAUCAACUAUUAUGGGUCUAUCCGAUAUUUAUACUAAGCUUCGUAUUAAAUGCUAUAUGGUAUCAAGAAAUAGCUGAUAGGGCUUUUAGAAUGUAUUAUGGUCCACCUAUAAAUUCUCGCCGAACAUAUCCCAGGGCAUUAAAAGUUAUGGCUGAUGAAAUUUAUCGUGCAUUAUUAUUCAUGAAUUAUUUGAUAGUGGCAACUUUAGUGUACAAAUGGAUUAAUCAAGGUUGGUCUUUGGAACAACGUAUAGGAUAUUUUGAAGAAAGGUGGUCUUAUUUUGCCGGAUUUGGCUUCUUAUUUACCGUGAUAACGUUCUUUGUUGAUCAAUUUUUGAGUGCUGGUGUGUUCGCACUUUUCUUUCCUCUUUAUAUAAUCAUGGCUACUAAUGCAAUUCCUAUGCCGAGGCAUGACGAGCGUGAUCGCUUUUCAUCAUUAGUACCAUAUCGAUUGCGAAUAUUUUGGGUAGCAAAGAAGUUGAAUGAUAAAAUAAUCGGUAGUCUAAAUCGGGGACAAAGGCGUCUAUCUUUUAAUAGAGAAAAUCACAAGAAAAAAUAA